AUUCAUCCAGAAUCUUUUAAACUGGUAACACAUUGAGCAAUUUGCAGAAACUUUCUCUGUGAUGCUUGAACAAGAAAACUAAGAUCUGCCAAAAUGUCCGAAAGAUCAGAUAUCCUUCACUUCAAGUUUGACAAUUAUGGAGAUUCAAUGUUACAAAAAAUGAACAAACUGAGGGAAGAAAAUAAGUUUUGUGAUGUCAUAGUUCACAUAGACAAUGUUGAGGUUCAUGGGCAUAAAAUUGUGUUUGCUGCAGGCUCCCCCUUUUUAAGAGAUCAGUUUUUGUUGAAUGACUCCAGAGAGGUUAAAAUCUCCAUUCUGCAGAGUUCAGAAGUGGGGAGGCAGUUGCUUUUGUCCUGCUACAGUGGUAUUCUGGAGUUUCCUGAGAUGGAGCUGGUAAAUUACUUGACUGCUGCAAGCUUUCUUCAGAUGAGCCACAUUGUGGAACGAUGUACACAGGCUCUCUGGAAGUUUAUAAAACCUAAGAAGCCAUUGGAGAGCAAGGAGGAUUGUGAACAGCAAAGCGAUUCUUCUGAGUUGAAAGAACACCAAGGAGAUGAGGACUCUCUGCAACAGGAUUCACUAUGUAUUCAAACCUCAGAAGACAGUAUGGACAUGGAAGAUAGUGACAUUCAGAUUGUCAAGGUGGAGUCUAUUGGGGAGGUGUCUGAGGUUAGAAAUAAAAAAGAUCAAACCCAGUUUAUUUCUUCUGAACAAACUGCUUUACAUUCAUCAGAGCCUCAGCACUUUUUAAUCAAUUCCACUGUGGAAAACAGAACGAGUGAAAUAGAACAAAAUCAUCUCCACAACUAUGCCCUUUCUUAUGCUGGCAGUGACAAUUUCAUCAUGGCCUCUAAAGACAUGUUUGGUCCUAACAACAGAGGUAUAGACAAGGGUCUCCAAUGGCACCACCAGUGUCCCAAGUGUACCAGAGUAUUCCGGCACCUGGAAAACUAUGCUAAUCAUUUAAAAAUGCAUAAACUGUUCAUGUGUCUGCUGUGUGGUAAGACGUUCACUCAGAAAGGCAAUCUCCACCGACACAUGAGAGUGCAUGCAGGGAUCAAACCUUUUCAGUGUAAAAUCUGUGGGAAAACCUUCUCUCAGAAAUGUUCUUUACAGGACCAUCUCAAUCUGCACAGUGGAGACAAGCCUCAUAAAUGUAACUAUUGUGACAUGGUCUUUGCACAUAAACCUGUUCUGAGGAAACACCUUAAACAAUUACAUGGAAAAAAUAGUUUUGACAAUGCCAAUGAAAGAAAUGUUCAAGAUAUAACGGUGGACUUUGAUUCUUUCAGCUGUAGCACUGCUACAGACAAUAAGGUCUGUCAACAAGCUGAUGCAAGCCAGAUACUGGAUGCAGGGAAAUUGGCUCAGGCUGUGCUCAAUUUAAGGAGUGAUAGCACCUGUGUUAAUUAAGCAUUCCAAGCAGCCCUUUGUAGGCAUCAUGAAGAAAGGAACAAAAGGUUGGAUUUGGGCUUUCACCAAAGCAGAUGGUAUGCCCUGAAAGGUUGUGUACAGAUUGAAUUACAAAACCUAACAGGUUGUCAGCCUUCAUUCUAGUCUUGUUAUUUUCUGUGACUAGCAAUCCUCAUGCAGGGUUUCUGUCUGUGUCCCUACUGGUGAGCAUGGGGUUAAAUUUUGGAUUUGUUACAUUUUGGAUCAUUUACUCUGAUUUGGAGACAUGGGACUGUCACCUUUUGAAGAACUCUUGCUGUGGGCAGUCAUCAAUUAAACUAUGUGCUGUACAGUUAAGGGCCUGUGUAUGUCUGGGCAGAUAGAAGAAACAACAGCAAGGAUGAGUCUAUGAGAUAAAACCUGACUUUUUCAAAAAGCACUGGAUAACUAAGAGUUAUGUAGUUCAACUGCUAAUUUAUCUGUUAAAACUUCAGUUAUUUGCCUUCCAAUCUUACCCAAAUCCCUAAAGUUAAAAUUAAAUACUUUUUUCCAUGUGUCA